UAAGAACCAGAACGCGACAACACGACAACACGACAGCAACAUACAAGACUGCCGCACACUCGGUGAACCGUAGGAAAGCCUAGCGAAACGAUAGAYAUUUUCUAUACGAACUCGAACUCAUAUUCAAACAAUGGAUACAGCCGAACCACCCGUGAAUGACAGCCAAGACUACGCUCUUCGUUUUGAGGAUCUGACGGUCGAUGAUGACCUUCCGUUGCUGGAUCGAAUCGUUCGAUACUGCCGAUCCGGCAUCGCACUGCAACGGCUGGUCCAUGUGAAGAUGUUGGCCGAGACGGCCGAGACAGUAGGGUGAGUUUCGAGUCUGUUGCUGUUCUGCGUUUUGUUGUGCCGUUGCAUACCAUCGGAACAAAGAAAAUAGUAUGGAAAGCAUUGGUUGGCACGAUAACAUUCCGUAUCGGUUCAUGCCAUCACAUCCCAUCCCUUGCCAUUCCACAAAUUUUUAUUCAUUUCUCUAAACUCUCCCAAAAAAUUGAUCUUUGUUGGAAUACUUUCCAUUGCACUGUUUAUCUGCUCCAAUUUCCGCCCUCGCUCUUCUAUCCCGCCCUCUUCCCGUGUUCCGGCACCUUUCGAAACACUUCUCAAAAAUAUUAAAAAUACGCAACAAUUCACGUCGACUUUUCCAUUGUGUUUUUAUUCCGAUCGCAUCAAACUACACUACACCACCGAAUGAUUUGAUCGAAAUCCCAGGACAAAAGCCACACUGUCUACCCUGAUUCCGAUUUUGGGUUCCCUCGUCACCGAUCAGGAGUCGGUCAUUCGACAACACCUCGCCUCGCAGUUGCUGCCUGUCUCCCUCGUAUCAAUGGUGCGAAACGUAGGAACUGGACAAAAGCACUCCGUCGCCGACAUGCUGGAAGAUAAGACCCUGCCAAAAAUAUACGAUUCCGAGGGGUACCAUACCGUCACGACGGUGGUGAUAGGUCAGUAUCUGCAGGCAUUAGUAAUGGACGUGGACGUGGACGUGCGACGAUCUGCAUCCGAUUCCCUGGCGGGGUUGGCGUUCCAUGUAAGACGCGACGAUGUCGGUUCGGUUAUUUUUCCUAUUCCCCUGCGGUUGACCAGAAACAAAAGGAACAAAGCCGACCAACAGCAAAGAGAAAUACAACAAAUAACAACCGAUGAGUCCYUGGCAGAAGAACUGCGCAUUACCGCGGCCAACUUGCUCGCCGAGCUGGGUGGAGCGGGAGAAAACGAAUCCAUUCCUAGAUCUCUCGUCCAGGGCAUGAUCCUGCCCGCCGUCUUGGCUCUAUGUCGAGAUCCUGGCUUUCGCGUGAGAAGGGCCGCGGCGCAGGCCUUACCACGCGUGCUAGGYGGAACUACCGUUGAGGAAUCAAAGAACAAGAUCCUGCCCGCCUUUGAGAUUCUCAGUAAAGACGAAGUUUACCGGGUCAGGAAAAGCACGGGCGAGUGCCUAGUCGACAUGAGUCGGUCCAUGAUGAUUCUGGCCAAAACGAAUGAUGCUUCUAGUAUCAAUGCUCUGCGACGACAAACGCUCCUUCCGAUCGCCGAAAGCCUGCUGACCGACGCAAACAAAUUCGUACGGCACGGAAUGAUGCAAUUUCUGGGUCCAUUUUUAGCAUCCUUUUACCCAUUUGUCUACUCGGCGCUGCGGACGAUACUGCCAGGAACGUCCGAAUCCGAUGGGAGCAACCACUCGGGAAUCGUUGCUCAGUUUUUCCCACAUGCUAGCAGUAUGGUGAGCCGGCUCAAUUCGUCGGCCGCGGCUACAACCAGUGCCCCAACACCAACCCUGUCGAGUAUUGGAACGAAACGUGAAUUCACUCAGAUUCAGGAACUGCAACGAGCUCUGCCGGUCUUUGUUAGGGUGGAUCGGUCGUCGUCGGUUUCUCUCAAGGCCGUUGUGGCGCACAGAAGGAAGGACGCGCCCGAUGCCGAGGAUAUUCGAGCCGUAAUGAAGAAACUUCUUGAUCAUUUUACCGGUCUCGCAAGAGUCAAUACUAAUGAUGACAACACCGACGCCGAAAUGAGAGUGUACUGUGCGUACUCGUACCCUGCUGUGGUCCUCUUACUCGGACCCGACCAUUGGGAAGGUCGCCUUAGUGAUUGCUUCAAGACGCUGCUGAAUCCAAGCUACGGAUCCAAGAACAGGAAUGUCGGGCCUUCGGCUCCUCCCCUCCCUGUGAAGAGAUGUUUGGCAUCAAGUUUACACACAAUAGCACACAUAUUAGGCCCCGAGAUAACAGCAAAAGAUAUCAUGCCAAUCUUUCGGGAUCAUUUCCUAAAAGACAACGACGAAUCGGUUCGAUUGAACAUGAUUCGGAACUUUCCCACGUUGGUCUCGCUUUUGGAACCCACGAUUAGGAUCCAAUACAUUCUACUUUGGUGUGAAACGAUUCGAGGCGAAGAGGUUUUAGGCGCUAUGAAACGUAGUGCUACGAACCCGUUGGUUUUGAAUUGGAGACAGAGAGAUUACGUAUCGAGGUGUUUGCCUGAUUUGAUUGUAAUGGUUGAUGCUGUUUUUGUAUACAACCAUUUAUGGCCUAUUUUGAAGAUACUUCUGACCGAUACUGUGAACUUGGUGAGGGAAGAUGCGAUUUGGGCCAUUCCAUUAUUAUUAAAAGCAUUUGCCGUUGAGAAUGUGAUUGAUUUAGAUGGUGGGUCUAGUCAAAAAGCAAAAGAAGUAUGGAGUAAUGGAGCCUGUCAAGAAGUAACGAAAUGGCUGAAAGAGACCAUACCGAAAGUGUCAACAACGAAUUCGAAAGGAAAAAGUUCGUCCGGAAAAGCUGGGAACUUCAGCCAAAGACAGUUAUACUGCCAAGUAUGCUCAGCCAUGGCCCUAGCUAUUCGUUUAGGAGAUGGGCUUGACGAUCCAGAUGACCCAGUUGUCGAAUUAGAAUCAAAACUCACUUCAACCUUGCAGAGCAGGUACUCGAAGAUAUUGAUCGAGGAGCAUGGACCCUAUCGAAAGAUCACGAAAGGUGAACGAAAACAUAUGUUACGUUUGCUAGCAAUUGACAUUUUGCCGUUAGCAUUAGAAUUUAAAGAUGACAGGGUUACAAACGUUCGCUUAAGCCUCAGAAAAACAUUGCUUUUGAUGCCCAGUGAUCUCGCGAAAUCUUCGGCUUACCAAGAGGUAUUGCAAAGUUUGCAGGAAGAAGUCGAAACUUGGGAGAGUUUUGGCGGUAUUGAAAGUUGCCUACCACACGACCAACCAAUGCACGCUUCAAAAAGUAUUGUGACAAAUCCAGACUCUAUGACCGCGACUACUUCAAAUGGCACCGAUCCCACUGUAAAAGGCGUAAAGAAAAAAGGAUCAAAACGAGACAAAAAGAAAGGUUCUGAUAACAACGAGAGAGGUGAUAAUGGCAUGGCACACAUAUGAAAAUAAACGACCUAGCCGAUU